AUGAAGGACCAACUUCGCCAGGCAGAGGGCUUCCUGGGGGAGGAGAAUCUGGAUAGAGACUUGAAGAAUGUAGAGGUGCUCCCCUCCCUCGUCUCCCUCCACCAGUUCCAGGUGACUAGAGGACUAGAGUUUUAUAUGUGUCGUCGGGCGGCGGGCCCGAGCCGCCACUGGGCGCCGGGCAGGCGGGGGCGGGGGGCUCCCAGCGGCGGCCGGGGGCCGGGGGGCGGGCCGCGCCGCGCGGAGAAAAGCGCCGGCCGGAGAGCCCGCGGCCGGGCCGCCUCUGUGAGCGCACCGAGGCGGCUGUGGUGCAGGCUUCCAGCCCCCACCAUGCCGUGGCCCCUGCUGCUGCCCCUGCUGCUGUUGCUGGCUGUGAGCGGGGCCCAGACCACCCGGCCAUGCUUCCCCGGAUGCCAGUGCGAGGUGGAGACCUUCGGCCUCUUUGACAGCUUCAGCCUGACCCGCGUGGAUUGCAGUGGCCUGGGCCCCCACAUCAUGCCCGUGCCCAUCCCUCUGGACACAGCGCACCUGGACCUGUCCUCCAACCGGCUAGAGACCGUGAACGAGUCGGUGCUGGCCGGGCCGGGCUACACCACGCUGGCCGGUCUGGAUCUUAGCCGCAACCUGCUCACCAGCCUCUCGCCCACCGCCUUCUCCCGCCUUCGCUACCUGGAGUCGCUUGACAUCAGCCACAACGGCCUGGCAGCUCUGCCGGCUGAGAGCUUCACCAGCUCACCCCUGAGCGACGUGAAUCUCAGCCACAACCGGCUGCGGGAGGUCUCGGUGUCCGCGUUCAGCACCCACAGCCAGGCCCGGGCGCUGCACGUGGACCUCUCCCACAACCUCAUCCACCGCCUCGCGCCGCACCCUGCGGGGGCCGGCCUGCCCACGCCCACCAUCCAGAGCCUGAACCUGGCCUGGAACCGGCUCCGCGCCGUCCCCGACCUCCGGGACUUGCCCCUACGCUACCUGAGCCUGGAUGGGAAUCCGCUGGCCACCGUUGGCCCGGGCGCCUUCCGGGGGCUGGCGGGCCUUACGCACCUGUCCCUGGGCAGCCUGCAAGGUCUCCCCCAGCUGGCGCCCCAUGGCUUCCGUGAGCUGCAGAGCUUGCAGGUCUUGGACCUGUCAGGCAACCCGAAGCUCAAGUGGGCAGGAGCCGAGGUAUUCUCAGGCCUGGGCUCCCUGCAGGAGCUGGACCUGUCGGGCACGGGCCUGGUGCCUCUGCCCGAGACGUUGCUCCUCCACCUGCCAGCACUGCAGAGCAUCAGCGUGGGCCAGGCUGUGCGCUGCCGGCGGCUCGUGCGGGAGGGCACCUACCCUCGGCAGCCUGGCUCCAGCCCCAAGGUGGCCCUGCACUGCGUAGACACCCGGGAAUCGGCUGCUAAGGGCCCCGACACUUUGUGACAAAUGGCGUAGCCUGGGGCCACAUAACGGACUGCUGCCCUGGGCUCCCUCAGGUCCUGGGUAACUUAUAUUUUCAUGUGCCAAUGCCGGGGGGCUGGGGGGACUCAGCAGGCCUCUGUGGCAGCAUCAUCGGAAGAGAGCCGUGGACCUGGGGAGAGGCUUUGGAGCUGGGACCAGCACCCAGGAGCAAAGUCUUGCCCCUCUGUCUAUGUUGUCCCCCAAACCAUAAGUAGAAGGUCUUCGAUGCCAAACCAGACAGCAGUCCCCUGCUGUCCUUCCCCACUUGUCCCCAAAGUGCCUUCCCUCAGGCCUGGGCCAGCCCGACCCGUGAUAGGAGGAGGCUGGAAGGAAGCCGCUGCGACAGAGCAGAGGUCAGGCCCACGGCUGAGCAUCCCCUUGGGCCCGCGGUCCAGUCACUCAGGGGCAUGGGCUGCUUUUAUGAGGUAGCCCCCCUCUUUGCUCUGGGCACAUGAGACCCACCUCAUCCUUUUCUUUUCCUCUAGAACCCUGGGUAGAACCUUAGUCCUGGAAGGGAGUAGAGAAAAAAUCAAGUGCGCCUCCUCAUGUGACAGAUGGGGCAACUAAGGUCUAGAGAAGGAACGUGGCUAACUGAGGUACUAGAGCGGAGGCGUAGCUGGCCCCAGCACCCUGCCUCCCAGUGAGGCCCUUUGCACUUUUCUGUCUUCUCUAAAUCAUGCCCUCUGUCCCCUUCUUGGGUUCCUCCAUCCUGCCAUGUGCACCCUUGCCCUGUCAUUCCCAGGACAGGCAAGGGCCUCGGAGGUGGGACUCUGGGCCCCGUAACCAGCUGUGUGGCACACGAUGUCAGUUCACCGCAGAGCCUCUGGAAGCUUCAGGCAUGCCAGUCCCAAGCCCUACCAGUUUCCCACUCUGGCGUGGGGUCCCCGGCGUCAAGACUGGAAAUUCAUCCAUUGACCCCUGAGGUAAAUUGCCUCUCAUGGACUCAGCAAGGAGUCGAUGUAGUCCUGGAAACGCGCAGGGGCCUCCUGGAUUCCUCCCCCACUGGCCCUGAGCUCCACAGCCUGUCUCCCCCAUCCUUCAGGAGGCAGGUGCCCGCAUCAGAGUUUAUGCUCCACCCCAGGUGGCAUCUCAGCUUCCCAGCCCUGGGCUCUUUCCUUAGUCUUUGUUUUAUAAAAGUUGUUGCCUUUGUAAUGGACUGUCCCUUCAACCACCCCACCCCCCACCCCUGCCGGCAGGGGAUGGAAACGUGUCAUUUGUAAAAAGAAGAAAAGCAUUGCGUUUGUUAACUUUUGUAAUACUGUGUCCUGGGGAUGCGUUGAGGGAGGAGGUGUGGGGUGGAAGCCGGGGUGCAUGUGGCCCAUUGGGCCUCAGGGGGCUGGUCCCACAGAGAUGCCGACAGGACAAGGAGAGCUCUGUCCUCCCCCACCUGCCCCACCCUACACCUAACUGGUCCUUGACUGAAUAAACACUAUAAAGAGUCCCUCUUUCCAUCCUUUGACUGGCAUCCA